AUGUCUCCUCAGACUUCUGGCGUCACUGGACGUCCAAUUACCUUCAACAACUUCCCCCCAGAAAUCAUCCAGUGUAUCAUCGACAAAAUACUGGAUGAAAAUAGCCUCCACAUAGAGCAGAGCUGGGAAUGGGACUAUUGGUCUGAGCCUGAACCCGAGCACAACCCUCUUCAGGUGUACGUGGAUGCUCUCAACCUUGCAGCGACCUGUAAGGACAUCCGCAGGCUGGUGACGAAGCAAAUCUAUACUAGAGAUAUGAGGGAAAACCAGUCGGCAGCCCUGCUAAUGUCGGCCAAGCGUGGUGAAAUUGCUGGCGUCAUGCAGGCCCUUGAUGCAGGAGCUAACAUCCACUCUGAUGAUGCGACGGAGGCAGUCACCUACUACACCACCGGACCAAAUGCUGUCAAGACUGGCCAUAGGGUUCCCUUGCACCUUGACAACCAAGUAACUGCCAUUCACUGGGCCGCUUUCAAUGGACACAAGGACAUUGUGUCUCUGCUCCUGAAUCACGAGGCCAACAUCAACCAUAGGGUCCGCAUCGAUGCUCGUGAGGGGUUUACUCUCCCGAUGUUGCCGGCUGAUCAGCCGGACCAGGAUUGUUCUGUCAUAGAUUAUUACCCCUUCACUUUCGCCAACAGGGCUCUGGCGAAUAAUGCGUUCUUAGGGUUGAGAUUUUUGGGAUCUCCGCGAGCCGUCGACAACCAAUAUCGAUUCAUGAAGUUAGAGCAAGGUGCAAAUCCUUUAUACUUUGCUGUGGAGGGCGGCAACAUUGAGAUUGCAGAAUAUCUCAUCUCGGCUGGUGCUGAUUUUACGACCCAUACUGGGACAGGACUCAACGCUCUUCAUCAGGCAGUGAGCAACGGAGACGUAAGCAUGGCAAAGUGCCUACUUAUGGAGGGGAUCGAUCCGAAUAGUACAGACCCCUUUGGAAAGACUCCUCUCCACUUCAUAAACAGCUCCUUAGACGGCAUGGUGCAUCCGGCAGUCAAGUUGAUCAAGACCCUUGUGGACCAUGGAGCUGACAUCAACAGAUGGGACCGUCUUGGUAACACACCGCUCAUCACUUAUCUGCAAGAGGUUGAGCGGAAUGAUUCUGUCAUAGCAGAGUUUAUUCGACAGGGAGCCCAUAUAUACCAAGGCUUCUAUCAUGGCCUCGAAGUGCCUCCCAAUGAACUCAGCCAGGAGAUCUAUAGCGCCAUGACAUAUAUUGGAUUUGUUGGCCCAGGCUGCGAGCCUGUCCCCCUACCACCUAAUCACCAUGCUGGGCUGCUGUGGUCUCAGACCCGAGAGGCCAUCUAUCGCCAUUUCUAUAGGCUCAUUCACCAGACAGACACUGUGCCAGAAAGAUUGGCAGGAUUCUCGCCCAGACAAUGGCAGGAGUACUGGGAGAAGCGCCCAUUUGUCUAUGUGGACGCUCCGUUGUUGGGAAAUCUGAUACAUAGCAGUCUAGACGAUUGA